AUGGGCAUAGACGCGGGGAGCCGCGGUGCCGCCCGCAGCCGGGGGUGGGGGAGCUCCCAGGAAAGACGCGCUGGGGCCGGGGGCCACCUGCGGAGUCGCGGGUGUGGACCCAGCGGUGUUCGGGGUGGGUUCGCGGCGGGCGCGCGGGCAGGGCCCGGCGACGCUGGGCCUCAGGGGAAGGGCACGGACGACAGCUGCCCACGGAGGACCCCUGCGGCUGACCGGAGCACACCCGGGGGGCGCGGGCCGCUCAGCAGACCCGGGAACCGGCCAGAACGGGGUGUGGGGAAGGACCGAGCUCAGCGCAGAGUUAAAGGCGGGUUCAAGCCGAGCGUGAGUUCGGCGACGGCAUCCGCAAGCCUGGGCCGAGCCGGGGCCGAGGGCCCACCUGGUAACUACGAAAUUAAGCCGUAUGAACCGGAGCCUCAGUUUUUCCGCCUAAAUAGUAGAGCCGAUAGUUGGUCCUCCCUCCUGGGCUUGCCCUGGAGAGGAAAGGAGCUGAUGUCGGUAGGAUGCUGGCGACAGUGUGCGCACGCGGGAAGUCUGCAUUGGGAGCUGGUCCCCUUUCAGGGCCGAGGGCGCCCCUCCCAGACUCCCUUCCAUCUUCAGAGGGGGAAGGUGAGUUCCCGUGAAGAGCUCACAAUGUGGCCUGACCGUGCUGUGCUGCUCGAAGAACCCUGAGUCUAUUUAACACGUGCCAAUCACCUGUCCUCCCUGGAGCCGUGUUCCAGGGAAGGGACCAGACAAAGCACCGGCUUUCAGUGAGGCAUUCGGUGAAAACCGACGUUUCCUGCUUCGGUGAAAUAAUCUUUACACCCAAUGUGGGG